AUGGCGGAAGAGGUUUUAAUAGAGCCCAGUGGAAAAAUUAAAGGGCAUUUAACCUGGUCCCUGCUAGCUGCCGCUUUCCUCUCAUCCUUCGGAAGCUCUAUGCUUUACGGCUACAACCUAGCCGUUGUCAACUCUCCAGCACAGUACAUUAAAGAGUUCUUUAACCAAACGGCACUGAGGCGCAAUGGGAGUGGACUGAGCAAGGAUACCAUCACUGUACUCUACUCUAUUACAGUGUCCAUCUUCGCCAUUGGUGGACUGGUAGGCUCCAUCACCGUGGGAAUGCUGGUCACCAAAUUUGGCAGGAAAGGGACUCUGGUGAAGAGUUCUAUUCUCGUGUUCAUAGCUGGUGGACUUAUGGGCUUUAGCAGGCUAAGUGGCAUUCCAGAGUUAAUAAUCAUUGGUCGCUUUAUCACAGGGAUACAUUCAGGAAUUUCUCUUAGUGUAGUGCCCAUGUUUCUUGGAGAAAUUGCUCCAAAGAGCCUCCGUGGUUUUCUAGGCUUUGUACCCAGCAUCUUCAUCUGUGUUGGAGUUUUCAUCGCUCAGAUUCUGGGACUCCAUGAGGUCCUUGGAAAGGAAGAGCACUGGCCACUAUUUCUUUCUUUAAUUGUGAUUCCAACAUUUAUCCAGCUAAUGCUCUUGCCAUGGUUUCCAGAGAGUCCUCGAUAUUUGCUGAUUGAAAGGCAUAAUAUUCAUGCAUCCAUUACAGCUCUGAAGUGGUACAGAGCAAAGCUUAACAUCCAGGCAGAGGUGGAGGAGAUGCAGGAGGAGCAGCGCUCGCUGUCUUCAAUGAGGACCAUCUCUGUUUAUGAGCUGCUUAAAGACCGGGCCGUGCGCUGGCAGGUCAUAUCCGUCAUGGUCAUUAAUAUGGGCAUGCAGCUCUCCGGCAUAGAUGCGAUCUGGUUCUACACAAACGCCAUCUUUGAGAGUGCAGGAAUCUCUGUGUCACAGGUUCAGUACACAACUGUCGGAACGGGUGCCAUCGAGGUCAUUGCCGGACUCAUCGGGUGUUUCACCAUUGAACGAGUGGGUCGCAGGGCUCUGAUGGUUGGUGGAUUCAGCUUUAUGGGCAUUUGCUGUGCGGGAAUUACACUUUCCCAUGUGUUGCAGGUUCACAUAGCCUUCAUGCACUAUGUCAGUGUGACCUGUGUGGUUGGCAUUAUUGCGGGAUUCUGCAUUGGGCCUGCCGGAGUCCCUUUUCUUAUGACAGGUGAGCUGUUUAAACAGUCUCACCGACCUGCGGCGUACAUCGUGGGAGGAUCUCUCAACUGGUUAUCCAACUUCACUGUCGGUUUUGUCUUUCCGUUCCUACAGAUGUCAGCUGGUGCUUUCUGCUACUUGAUUUUCUUCGGGGUUUGCAUUGGCGUGGCAGCUUAUGUCUACUUCAUCAUCCCUGAGACAAAGAACAAAACAUUUGUGGAGAUUAGCCAGAUGUUCUCCUCCAUAAACCACUGCAGGGUUGAGACUGAGCAGCUACCUGUCACGGAGCAGCUGAGCCUCAGGAAGGUGACUGAAUAUGGAGCAAUAGAGAAGGGUGGAAAAGAGGAGAAUGAGAAAUUUACAUGGAGUACUGAUGAGAAGUUAGACUGA